AUGCGGAGAAGAUGGUGCUUGUGUAAUUCAAUGGACUUUCAAUCUUUAAUGUAUCCCAGUUUCACUUGGAGUCGCAUUCUCGGACUAUUUCCGUAUAAGCUUAAUGCUUCGACUUUCGAGAUUUCGAAACCGUACUAUAUUGUGUCAACAGUAAUUAUCUGCGUGUGUGGUGUUAUGAACUUUGCACUCAUUUACAGUAUUAUUAAAUCAAAAAUAGAUUUUGGAGAUGUAGUUUGGAAUAUUCACGCUGUUAUAUACCAUUUUCUCACCAGUUUUAUAGUGAUCAUCACGCAUUUCUUGAGUAGUCCGCGAAUGCGCUUGCUACAGACAAUAAUGGAGGUCUCUUCGAAAUUACCCUCGAAGUCGUAUCAAAAACUGUCCAGAUUGAUCCAUGUUAAGGAUAUAUUGAAUAAUGUUAUCAGAAUUGUACAAUUAGUCAUAAAAAUGUCUAAAGUACUGAAUAAUCGAGACAGUUUUUUCGCUAUUCUGUUUGGGAUAUUUACAAUUUACUUCGCCCUGUUGGUGUUACAAAUAAUUACGUUGUACAUAAAUUAUGUUUGUGUAUUAAAAGCAUGCUUUAAGAGAAUCAAUGACAAUCUGCUGCACAUACAAAAGUUUGUAAUAAACGAUUUGAAGCCAGGUGCCUCCAAUGUGAUACGGCACACGCAGAGGAAUCAAUUUUUGCUGAUAGAACUGAGAGUUUUGAAGAAGCAACAUCUAAUGAUUAGCGACGCAGUGCAAAUGCUGAAUAUGAUCUUCAGUCUACAACUCCUUGCUGCUAUAGUCGUGUCCUUUUUAAUUCUCACCUUUGAUUUGUACUUCUUUGCAUUUGGUUGGCAAAAUAGAGUAUUUAUUGGAAUGGAUUGGCACUUUCUUGAUGUAUUUCUGACAUCCCUGACAUAUAACAUUUUUCAAAUAAUACUAAUUGUGUGGGUCUGCGAGACGGGUAAGAAUCAAGUCCAAGAAAUCGGUACUACCAUUCACGGUUUACUUAACAGUACCAAUGAUGAGAAAAUCAAAAGUGAGUUGCAACUGUUUUCUUUACAAGUAUUGCACCGUAAAAAUACAUUUUCUGUGAAAGGUUUGACUAUAGAUGCGACACUUCUUACAGCACUAGUGGGAAAUAUUACCACGUAUUUCUUAAUCUUGAUACAAUUUUUAAACAUUUCGAAUUCGUGCGAUAAAAGAACAAUGAUCAAUAUUACAGAAUCCAAUUAA